GUCACUUCCCUACGGUUCCCUAGCUGCGUUCCGAGUCAACUCAGGUACACUCGGUUGAUCUCGUAUAUAUACAUAGCUUCCUUUUCCCAGAAGCCAGCUCAGGACAAUUUAAUAAUAAUAUCCACAGCUCAAAUAUGAAUGUCGAUUAUUCACCACAGCCAUUAUCGUCAUUUAGGCGGCGAGCAGUAGUUGCAUUUAUGGCGGCGGGUCUCUCUGUUAUUUUCUUGCUCUUAAUCAUUGCCAUCUAUACAGAUUCAGUUAUAUCCUCCAAGGAGAGCUCAAACACUUCCCAGAAUACGAGCUUCUCCCUUACACUCCGCAAGCUGCUUCAUAAUGCACUGGAAAAAAAAGUAAAGGGUGAUGAAAAUGAGAGCAUAGCGAAUGGUCGUGUGGAGCCAAACAGGAUAUGGAGCGAAAAGUGCUCGAAAUCCGACAUCGUUAUAAGUCAGGGCCCCACAGAGCCACUUCCCAACGGUAUUCCAACCUACACUGUCGAAAUAAUGAACGUUUGUGUCUCAGGCUGCUACAUUUCAGCCAUCCACCUAAACUGUGGCUGGUUCAGCUCGGCUCGACUUGCAAACCCGCGAGUCAUCAAGCGCCUCGCCUUUAACGACUGUCUCGUUAACAAUGGAAAGCCGCUUGCUAAUGGCCGUACGCUGUCCUUUCAAUAUGCCAACACCUUCCCUUACUCCUUUUCCGUUUCCUCCCUCACUUGUUUGCCUCUUUAGCACGCUAGUUUCUUGCUAAUUAUAUAAGUAGAUAUUUGGGGGUUAGUUUAAUGAGAAGGGAAAAGGUGGGUGGAUUUUUUGGGCAUGCCUUCACCCAUAUUUCUUUUUUUGUAAAUUGAUUUUGAUUUUUUUACUAUAGAUUUGGGGUUAGUGUUGAAUUUUUAGAAGUGCG